AUGGGGGGUUCGAAAAAGAAGGGGCCAUCGGCUCCAGUGGUGCGUAGGGAUCCAUAUGAGGUGUUGUGUGUGUCUAGGGAUUCUUCUGAUCAGGAUAUCAAGUCUGCUUACAGAAAACUUGCUCUCACGUAUCAUCCAGACAAGAAUUCUAGCAAUCCUGAGGCUUCAGAACUGUUCAAGGAGGUUGCAUGUUCAUAUAGCAUUUUAUCAGAUCCGGAGAAAAGGAGGCAAUAUGAUAGUGCAGGAUUUCAGGCCCUUGAUGUCGAAGGAAUGGAUAUGGAGAUUGAUUUAUCCAGCCUUGGAACUGUCAACACGAUGCUUGUGGCUUUAUUCAGCAAGUUGGGUGUGCCUAUUAAGACUACAAUUUCUACUAACGUUCUCAAAGAGGCUUUGACUGGAACCGUCAGGGUCAGACCUCUUCCAAUUGGAACUUCAGUCAGCGGAAAGGUAGAAAAGCAAUCUGCUCACUUUUUUGGUAUAAUAAUUAAUGAGGAACAAGCAGAGGCGGGGAUUAUAGUCAGAGUUAUGUCCUCUGUGCAAAGCAAGUUUAAGGAUGCCUACACAUGCAAAUAUAAGCUGGGUACUAAAGGCUGUAAUACACUUGAUCUUCAGCUCCUGUACUUCGAACAAGAGGCAAAUGAGGGGUAUGGGCUGGUCUUGCAGGAAGACAGUGAGAAGACAGGCAAGGUCACAUCGGCUGGAAUGUAUUUCUUGCAUUUUCAAGUGUACAAAAUGGAUUCAACUUUGGCAAUGGCUAAGGACACAAAAGCCACUUUCUUAAAACAAUUGGAAGGCCUUCAACCUUGUGAGGUUUUGCAACUGAAAACUGGAGCUCACGUAUUCGCAGUUUAUGGUGAUAACUUCUUCAAACCUGCUGUCUAUACAAUUGAGGCUCUCUGUGCAAAGUCAUAUGAGGAUACAACUCAUAAGCUUCUGGGUAUUGAGGCUCAGAUUUGGAGGAAGAGAAAUGAGCUACGCCAAUUCGAGACAGAAUAUAGAACUGCGUUGUCACGCUACCAAGAAGUAAUUAAUAGAUACGUCCAGGCAAAGCAGUCUGUCGAUGAGCUGCUAAAAAGGCGAGAUAAUAUCCAUUCUUCUUUCACUGUUUCAAGGUCAGUUCCAAAUGCUAGUGGGAGUGAGCCUUUGGGUAAUGGAAGCAGCAGCAAAUCUCCUGGUGAAGAUUUGAAGUCUAAGAGUCUGGUUGAAGAAGGCAGUUCACAUUCAAAGGGCAAAUCUACAAAGAAGAAAUGGUUCGGUCUUAACCUGAAACGAUGA